AUGGUUCAAGAGAGUUCUGGAAGUACUGCUGGAUGUAAAGGUCUUAUUUCAUUAAGGCCUGAUGAUGUGUACUCCAUAUUUGGUUGGAAAAACAAUGGAGUGGAUGUUUUUGGGUUUCUUAGUACUGAAGGAGAAAAAGCAACCAAAAAAAUACCAGUUAGUUUUGUUAGCAAGAAAAAUGGUAAGAUCAUGAUUGAUGAUCUCAUAGAAAAGAUUGUGAAGGAUAAGAGCACUGAUGAUGACUUUAUUCGGAUGACAUUUCUAGUUCUCUUAAGAACUAUAAUUGCACAAGUGUCUCAUGAAUACGUUCCGAAAAAGUACUAUGCCUUAGUGAAAAAUAUUAAGUUGAUAAGGAAGUUCAACUGGAAUGCAUUCACUUCACGAUUCUGUUUAUCGGAGAUUGUACCUAUCACCGGUCCAAAAUAUGAUCCGUUGGCAUUGUUGAGCCCGCUGAUGAGGAACUGGACGGAAGAUAUGGCUGUGAGAAGAGACAAAUACGACUACGAAUAUGGUCAUGGUGUUGGGAUGAUCGAUGACAACAUUACAGAGGAGUAUAGGUUGAAAAAAAUUGCGGAAGAAGAAGCUCAAAAAACCAAGAAAGCUAGUAGCAAAAAAUCUAACGUUACUGGAACGAGGAAAGAGGGCAGUACCUCGGAGGCUUCGAGCCAGAAGCCUACUAUGGACCGGAUUUUGAGUGAGAUGAAUGAGCUUCGGAAGGAAAUGCUUCGUUUGCCAGAGAGGAUGAUUGAGAAACUGAACAAAACCGGCGUCUCCUACAAACCCAGUAACCUGGAAGAGGACGAAGAGAAUCUGUACGGAGGCAUUAAUGAGUCUUCAAACGAUGUUGGACGUCCGCAAAAAGAGUUUGUAUAUCAAAAAGAUGAUUCAGACCGGUUCCGCACACCUUCCAAAAUGAAUUUGCAAAAGGAUGAUAACGGCGUUUAUGUACCUUCUCGUGAAAACACACCUUUUUACUGCACACCUGAGUACUGGGAUAGUUUCAAGGGUGAUAUGGAUGAUCCUGUCCAAGUACCAGAAGUAUCAGAUGAAAAAGCUGCCACAUCUUUAGAGACGGACGAAAUCGCAUCGCAUGCGUCGGUUGGUUCUCAAGGAGUACAAGAGGAAGUGGAGGAGGUUACUGGCAGGCGCAAGCGCAGAGGAUCACAACAUGUCAAGUCUCCUUAUGUGGUCCCUAAACCAAACAAACGUGCAAAACGUUCUGCCAAAGGAAAAUUGUUCCAAAAUGGUGAUGUUAACAAAUCUGGUGAUGAGUAUGAUGUGGUGAAAGCGUCCAUCAAGUACGUGCGUGCGCAUGAGCAUUUACAAAAACAUGCCAAAACAGAAAUUUUCAAUGAUGGCAUGGAAGAAGGUCUCACUGUGAGGAGAGCUUGUCAGAUUAUUAACCAUGAGUGGCUAAGUGGCGACGUAAUUGAUGCAUACUCAUCAUUUUUGGUCGACAAAGUUAAUGAUGAUCGUUUCAUGUUAACAACUUGGAGGAUACAUUGGUUGCUUCACGUUAGACCCGGAAAGAAGACCGCCGGUAAUGAUUAUGAAGCAGAGUCGCAUAGUAAUGGACCCGUGAACAGAUGUGAGGACGAGUAUUUCAAAAAAUCAAAGACUUACAUUCCUCUAAACAAGCAAAAUAAUCACUGGAUUACUGUCGUCAUGCAUAGCGGAAAAAGAGAGUUUCAGGUUCUUGACUCGUUGAUGACCGGAAAACUUGACACUGUUACUAGAGAACUCGUUGAGGACCUGAGAAAACAACUAGCAGAAGAUAUCCAAGAAGCAAAUGCAACCGGAAUUGUGAAUUAUCCGGAUGUUUCCAAGUGGCCUAUUCAAACGUAUGACAUGCCAAAACAACAUGAUGGGAAUUCGUGUGGACUAUUUCUCCUUCGAUGCUUUCAAAAUUGGGAUGGUGACAAAUGGACAGGCUUAUUUUCACAGACCUCAAUUGAUGAUUCAAGAGAGUUAAUGAUUGCGCAACUUAUAUUUUCGGAAAGAAACAAGCUUGAUGAAGUGAAAAACAAAGUUAUUCGGAUAUCAAAGAAGAAGAAAUAGAUGCGGCACGGAGGAGUUUUGCAUGUGAUUGGGUGGUACUGGAGGACUUUAUUUUCCAAACGCUUUGCGCACUUGCUUAUAAAUUUUAUGUAAUACACUCUGCUUCUGAAUAGUUA